AUGAGGAGGGACUUCUUCUCUCAAGAGGGUGUGAACCUUUGGUGUUUCCACUCCAGAGACAACCGGCGGCAGAGUUGUGUUGAGAUGGACAAAGACAAGGUGACAGUUUCACAAAGCCCUGGACUGGACUAUGAAACUCAAUCCAAUUACGACUUAUUGAUCUUUGUUGAAGAUAAUAAGGGGAACACGGACUUUCAAACACUUACAGUUUUAUUAGUUGAUGUUAAUGAGCCCCCAAGAUUCCUGGAUAAUCUGGCACAUGGAGUUGUAUAUGUUGACUUUCUGGAGAAUUUAGCAGUUGGUGCGAUGAUAUAUGAAGUUGAAGCAACUGAUCCUGACAAAGAAGAUGAUGUUCUCUCUUAUUCGGUCAAUUCCUCGCUGGUAAUCGUUAACCGUAGUGGGAAAAAUGGGGCAAUUCUUGCGGCAAAAUCAUUUGAUUAUGAGAAAGAUUUGCACAGCUUCAGUGUGAUAGUGACAGUAAAGGAUACAACGGGUAAUAGCAUCACAGGGAUUAUUGUGGUCAAUUUAAUUAACGUGAAUGACAACUGGCCAGUCUUCAAGCAAAAUAAAACAAUAUUCAAUAUUUUGGAAGAAAAGCCACCCAGUUCAGUAAUCGGAAAGGUUACUGCUUAUGAUCCUGAUGAUGAUGGUACAUCAGUCAGCUUGAUUUAUUUUAUGACUGCUCCAAACCAAUACUUCACCAUUAAUUCAGUUACGGGGGAGCUGAUUGUAUCUGCAAUAAUUGACCGAGAUAAUGGACCUUUCAGAGAUGUUCCAAUGCAAGAGUUUGAAGUCGCUGCUAAAGACAGUCCUUCUCAAGGGCAUACAGCCUCAAUGACCAUUAUAGUCAACAUAAGAGACGUCAAUGAUAACCAACCCUUCUGUUUCCCACAUACACACAGUAUUCAGGUACCAGAAACAACUAAAAAGGGUACAACAAUUGUUACUAUAUCCUGCAAAGAUAAUGACGUGGAUCUUGCAAACAGCCAGUUUACUACUUCGUUUCAGCCUGGUCUCAGGACUGGUGGAAAAUUUGCUUUGAAUGGGAAGAAUAGUACUACUAUUGUGGUUACUGGUGAUCUGGACUUUGAAGCUGUUACUAAUCUUGAAGAUGGCAAUGUCUACAUGAUGACAGUAGUUGUCACAGACAUUUCACCACCCCAUUUCCAAGAUACAGCGACUGUGUACAUCACGGUCACAGCAGUAAAUGAGUUUCAACCAUCCUUCAGUCAGACAUCUUAUACCUUCAACGUAUCUGAAUUCAGUGCAACAGGAACAAAGAUUGGACAAGUGUCUGCAGACGACAAAGAUCUUCCAGGCCAGGAACUCAUUUACUCACUUGUAGCAGGGGGAAACACACUGGGCUACAAUCAGUUGUUUUGGAUCAAUCCAACAUCAGGGGAAAUACAUCUUGUGGCCCAACCCGAUUAUGAGGCAACUGCCCAGUACUUGCUUACAGUGCAGGCUGUUGAUUUAGAUUCUGAUGAUACAAAAGCUGCUACAACAACUGUCACAGUGAAUAUUCUUCCAACCAAUGAUGAACCACCUGACUGUCAGCCAAAAUUUUAUUCUCUGGCGAUUCUCGAUGACACAGCUGUGGGAACAAAUGUUCAAGGCUUCCAAUUAUCCUGUACAGACCGGGACUCUCCCCCUCACUCUUUCCGUUACUUCAUAACUUCAGGUAAUAUCAACAACCACUUUAGACUCUCUCCAAGUGCUGGAUCCAACAUCACCAAGCUGGUACUUGCCGUUCCUUUUAAUUACAUGCAAGGUGUUGAUAAAGUCACUGAUUAUAAUCUCAUUGUUCAAAUAACUGAUGACAACCUUUUGGCUGGAAACACAGAGAGAAAACUUGUGCAAACAGGGAGAGUAAUGAUCAAUAUCAGAAUUAUUAUCCCUACACCCAGUUCUCAGAAAACAACCACAACCUUGUGA